AUGGAGUCGUGCGAUGUCGAUAAAAACAUCCAUGCACCCGAUUACUACGAAGAAGAUUCUACUACACAGGCUAGACAGAUUAGACAUGGUACAGCUUACGAUUGUACGGUAUUAGCCAUUGAUACUAAGUAUUAUUUGAAUACAGUAGCAGUAGUUAUGGCAGUAUUAGUGACAGUAAUAGUAGUAGUAGUAGGAGUAAUCGCGGUAGUGAUAGUAAAAUUAGUGACAUAA